UUGUCCUGUCGGUUGGACGAACUGGCCAGAAAUAAAAAGAAGAAAAGGGGCAGCCUCACAAACUGCUGCCAGGGCAUUCGAAAACCGGCGGGAUACCCAAAAAAAAUAUUUGUUUCCUAAUCAAUAGAACUAGCACCUCUCCGCAGUAAACAAGCGAAUUCUAUUCCGAGAAUUACUAAUUAAUCGAAAAAAUAUUGCUUCCAUUCAGAACGCAAUCACACAAGUCUUGGACUUUUGAGAAAACAAAUCUCAAAAAUACAACUAGACCGCAAAUUUAGAGUGCUUUGUGAAAACAAGAACCCUCAGAAGUUUUUCGGAAAAAAACUUUUUAUGUGUGGCAAAAGUUUUUGAAUUUACCUGGCCUUUCUUCUUUGUUUACAUCAUUACGAAUUGUAGGCAAAAAAAUGUUUGGCCCAUAAGGAACUUAAAACACCUAGGUGAGCAGCCAACGGGAGUUCCAAUAAGUGUGCCUAAAGAAAACUUCGUUGGGAAGUUUUGAGAAUAAAAAACUUAAUUAACUUUAAGUUAAGCGGAAACAGGCUUCCGUGUGAAAAACUCAACAAACAAUCGGAACUUUGGAUGGUGAAAUAGUUUGGUGGGCCAAUAAAAAGACAAUUAUAUAAAAGUUUUCACCUUUUCAGUGAAAUGUCAAAUGCAAGGCAAUUGAUAUACUAAAAAAAGUGUAAGAACCAGUGAAAUAAAAAUGACUUUGACUACAAAAAUGGACAUGGAAUUUAUGGGCAAUAUAACAGCAACUACGGAAGCUGAUUUCACUCCUACCGCAGGAGAAGUCAAUAUGACGGAUUAUAAUGCGAGUGGUGAUGCAACGCAUAUGGAGGCGAACGACACGGUUGGCGAGGACGAGGAGAUGCUGAGGAUAGCCUUCUUUAUAGGGGACUUCGUGCAUCACUACUACAUCCCCGUGCUCUGCUGCACCGGCAGCAUUGGGAACAUCCUCUCGGUGUUUGUCUUCUUCACCACCAAGUUACGGAAGUUGUCCUCCAGUUUUUACCUGGCCGCCCUGGCCGUGAGCGACACAUGCUUCCUGGCCGGACUCUUCGCCCAGUGGCUGAACUUCCUCGACCUGGACUUCUACAACAGGAACUACUUCUGCCAGUUCUUCACCUUCUUCAGCUACCUGGCCAGCUUCUGCUCCGUCUGGUUUGUGGUGGCCUUCACCGUGGAGCGCUUCAUAGCGGUCAUCUAUCCACUGAAGCGCCAGACCAUGUGCACCGUGCGCCGGGCCAAGAUCGUGCUGGUCUGCCUGACCCUCGUCGGUUGCCUGCACUGUCUGCCCUAUAUAGUGAUUGCCAAGCCGGUGUUUUCGCGAAAUCUCAACACAACCAUAUGCGAUCUCAACUCGGAAUACAAAGAACAACUGGCCCUCUUCAACUACUGGGACUCGAUUGUCGUCUAUGCGGUGCCCUUCACCACCAUCGCCGUGCUGAACACCUGUACUGGUUGUACUGUGUGGAAAUUCGCCACCGUUCGCCGCACGCUGACCAUGCACAAGAUGAAGCCCCAAACGAACAGCAUGCCCUCGAACUCGUCGAACUCAUCCGGCGGAGCCUCGGCAGUGGCCUCGUACCGCCUGUCGGCAUCUCUGAAGCGCCAGAAGUCGACGGGAACGCAUCCAAGCGGACAGCACAAUGUGGCCAACAGGCAGCCGGAUGAGCAGGAACAACAGCAGCCGCAGCAGCAACAUCAGCAUCAGCAUCAGAUAAACAAUUGCCAACACCAUUGCGAGAUCACACAGAAACCAGCCCGUCGCAAGGUGCAGAACUCAUCGCAGAUCAAGGUAACCAAAAUGCUGCUAAUUGUCUCAACGGUUUUCGUCUGCCUCAAUCUGCCCAGCUGCCUGCUGCGCAUCGAAGCCUAUUGGGAGACGGACGCGGCCAAGAACGAGAACUCAACAAUUGCCCUUCAAUAUAUUUUUCACGCUUUCUUCAUCACAAAUUUCGGCAUAAAUUUCGUGCUCUACUGCGUCAGCGGACAGAAUUUUCGCAAAGCCGUAUGGAGCAUUUUCAGGAGGGUUUCAUCCGCCCAACGGGAGGCGGGAAACACCCAAGUUACAGUUUCUGAAUAUUGUCGUAAUACCGGCACCUCGACCCGUCGCCGAGUGAUGACGCAGCAUUGUUGGAACGAAAUGCAUGAGUUACAUCCACUCAAGUGAAUUGCCGAGCUUACAGCAUAAUAUAUUAAUAAACUUAGAGGCUCCAAAGGCCAAUGAAAAAUGGGAGAUUGCGAAAUGCGCCGCGGGCUAAGCAGGAAUUUCCUUUUUAAUUAGAUUUCAGAAAACAUAAUAUAAGAGGAGGACGCAGAAAAGGUAAAAAUUAGUUUACACAGUCAAGAAAUAAAAGCGCAAAAAAAUUGCUUGUGAUGUCAAGGCCAAGCAAAAAGAAAAAAAAUUAAAAUCAAAAUUAAGAACGUAUUGUAUACACCGAAUUACAUAUAUUUAAGUGUUUAACCAACCUUGUAGUGAGUAAAUAAGUGACUUUUGUUUUUGCUUCCGAAACUGUACGCAUAUUUAGAAAGCUGUUAAAUAAGAAAAACUAAUCCAAUCCAAUUGAAAUCCGCACGCUAAACUAAUUGAAACCUAACCACAGAAACACAAUUUGAAACGUCAAACGUAAAACCCAAGAGAUUAGAUUAAUAGAAAUGUAUUCCUGUCUAACCAACAACCGACGAGUAAUAAAUGUUAAUUUCGUUUAAUGAAAA